AUGAGCCGCGACGGCGACAACGGCGACAACAGCUCCAACGUCUUUGUCCGCUUCAAGCAGCACGUCGACGCCAACAUCGCCUCCGGCUUCAACACCCUGCUCGGCGGCCAUCCGACUGCCCCGCGUCACGCCACCACUACGUCCACCGCCACCGACGAUAAUACCGUGACGUCUCCCCGCGCCAUGGACAUCGACGAGCCCGACCGGCGACCCCCGACCUGGGACGUCUUCUCCCUCAUAUCCUCGGCGUCCUACUCCCCAUCGGCCCUGCGCCAUCUCCCACAGCCCGUCCCUAACGAUCUUCCGCCGGACCUCGACUCCUCCGUCUUCACCUUCGAAGAUGCCUUCGAGGACCUGCUGGCCGUCUCGCAGAGCCAGCCCCUGCCCGACAUCACCGCCAAGUACGACCAGAGGAGGCUGCUCCGCCAGAUGUUCCCCAACGGCGAGCCCACAUGGUUCUGGAUGCGCCGCCUGCAGUCACAGGGCCUGGUCGAGAGCCCAAGCCGCGGUCGCUUCUUCAGAGCCCUCCGCCCGGACUGGGAUGGCUUCCACCGCGAGCUCGAUCGGCGCGCGGCCGAAGUGUGGCGUGGCGCCACUGGCGGCAGCGGCGACGAGGACGACGACGACGAGGACGCCGGAGAUCUGUUCCAUGAGAUAGGGCGCGCCUUCAAGCAGAUAGAGCGGGGCUUCUCCGACGAGGGCCGCGCCGUGUCGCAAGACACGCCCGAGGCAGACGACGUGUCUCAGCGGCGGGACCGGCGGCACCCAGACAUGUUCGACGACCUCUUCUCCUCCAUAUCCUCCUCGUUUGCCCACGGCCAAAAGUCGUGGGAGACAUUCCUCAAGACCAUUGCGGAUCAGUCCGCCGCCCUUGAGAAGCGCAAAGACGCGAGCCUUGCCGACGGUGACACGAAGCAGGUCGAGACGCGGGACGAGUACGUGGACCGGUUCGGCUACCUCCACAGCACCGUCACCCGCAAGACGCUCGACAAGGACGGCAACGAGAUUGGCCGCGAGACGUACGUCACCAUGCGGCCCGCCGAAAAGAGCGCGCCCGAGCAGCACCAGCUCGACAACUACCCCAAGGAGGAGCUGGAUCAUGCCGAGGGAGCCGCGGAUGAAAACGGGAAGAACAAGUCUGGCUGGUUCUGGAAGUGA